GCACCGCCGCCCCUGCCGGCGUUUACUUUCAAGCCUCCAUCGAGACCUGAUUUUGGCACCUCAGGGAGGACCAUCAAGCUGCAAGCAAACUUCUUUGAGAUGGACAUUCCCAAAAUAGAGAUUUAUCAUUAUGAAAUCGAUAUCAAGCCAGAAAAAUGUCCCAGGAGGGUGAACAGGGAAAUAGUUGAACAUAUGGUCCUGCAUUUCAAGGCUCAGAUCUUUGGAGAUCGUAAACCAGUAUUCGAUGGCAGGAAGAACCUGUACACUGCAAUGCCUCUUCCAAUCGCCAGAGACAAACAGGUGGAAUUGGAAGUCACGCUGCCCGGGGAAGGCAAGGAUCGCAUCUUCAAAGUUGCCAUUAAGUGGAUGGCUUGCGUCAGCUUGCAGGCUCUACAUGAUGCAUUAUCUGGACGGCUUCCUAGCGUCCCUUUUGAGACUAUACAGGCAUUGGAUGUUGUAAUGAGACAUUUGCCCUCUAUGAGGUAUACUCCUGUAGGUCGAUCUUUUUUUACUGCAUCCGAAGGAUGUGCUAAUCCUCUUGGUGGAGGUAGAGAAGUUUGGUUUGGCUUCCACCAAUCUGUCAGACCUUCACUCUGGAAAAUGAUGCUCAACAUAGAUGUAUCUGCUACAGCAUUUUAUAAAGCACAACCGGUCAUAGAGUUCAUGUGUGAAGUUCUGGAUUUUAAAAGCAUAGAAGAGCAACAAAAACCUCUUACAGAUUCCCAAAGGGUUAAGUUUACCAAAGAAAUAAAAGGCUUAAAAGUAGAAAUUACACACUGCGGGCAAAUGAAGAGAAAAUACAGAGUGUGCAAUGUAACAAGGCGACCAGCAAGUCAUCAAACAUUCCCUCUCCAGCAAGAGAGUGGGCAGACGGUGGAAUGCACCGUUGCACAGUACUUCAAGGAUAGACACAAACUAGUACUUCGCUACCCUCAUCUUCCAUGUUUACAGGUCGGGCAGGAGCAGAAACACACAUACCUCCCUCUUGAGGUUUGCAAUAUAGUGGCAGGACAAAGGUGCAUAAAGAAACUGACAGACAAUCAAACCUCCACUAUGAUUCGAGCAACUGCGCGCUCCGCUCCAGACCGCCAGGAGGAAAUCAGUAAAUUGAUGCGCAGUGCAAGUUUUAAUACCGAUCCAUUUGUACGGGAGUUCGGUAUUAUGGUGAAAGAUGACAUGACGGAUGUAACCGGAAGAGUCCUUCAACCUCCUUCAAUCCUAUACGGAGGCAGGGUAUGGGAAGAGCCAAAUGCUCCCUUGAAUAAGGCCAUUGCCACCCCUGUCCAAGGUGUUUGGGAUAUGAGGAACAAACAGUUCCACACUGGCAUUGAAAUUAAAGUGUGGGCGAUAGCUUGCUUUGCUCCUCAGCGACAAUGUACAGAACUUCACCUCAAAACGUUCACUGAACAGUUGCGUAAGAUCUCCCGUGAUGCGGGAAUGCCCAUUCAGGGGCAGCCAUGUUUUUGCAAAUACGCCCAAGGGGCAGAUAGCGUGGAGCCCAUGUUCAGGCAUCUGAAGAACACCUAUACUGGCUUACAGCUGAUUGUUGUAAUUCUCCCUGGGAAGACCCCUGUAUAUGCGGAGGUAAAACGUGUGGGAGACACUGUGCUGGGCAUGGCGACGCAGUGUGUGCAGAUGAAAAAUGUACAGAGGACUACUCCGCAGACACUGUCAAACCUCUGCCUGAAGAUCAAUGUCAAGUUAGGAGGCGUUAAUAACAUACUGUUACCCCAGGGCAGGCCUCCAGUCUUUCAGCAGCCGGUUAUAUUCCUUGGAGCAGAUGUUACUCAUCCUCCUGCAGGGGAUGGAAAAAAGCCAUCGAUUGCAGCAGUUGUAGGUAGCAUGGAUGCACACCCAAACCGCUAUUGUGCCACCGUAAGAGUACAACAACACCGUCAGGAGAUCAUCCAAGACUUGGCUGCCAUGGUCCGAGAACUGCUUAUCCAAUUCUACAAGUCAACGCGUUUCAAGCCCACAAGGAUCAUUUUCUACAGGGAUGGGGUUUCUGAAGGACAGUUCCAGCAGGUAUUACAUCAUGAGCUUCUGGCAAUUAGGGAGGCCUGUAUCAAGUUGGAAAAGGAUUACCAGCCUGGCAUUACUUUCAUUGUCGUACAGAAAAGACAUCACACACGACUUUUUUGCACGGACAGGAAUGAGCGGGUUGGGAAGAGUGGAAAUAUUCCAGCUGGUACAACAGUGGACACAAAAAUCACCCACCCAUCAGAGUUUGAUUUUUACCUGUGCAGCCAUGCUGGUAUUCAGGGAACAAGCAGGCCCUCCCAUUACCAUGUCCUUUGGGAUGACAACAGGUUUUCUUCCGAUGAGCUGCAAAUCCUCACUUACCAGCUCUGUCACACUUAUGUCCGAUGCACUCGAUCUGUGUCUAUCCCCGCCCCUGCCUACUACGCACACUUAGUCGCAUUUAGAGCCCGGUAUCACCUUGUGGAUAAAGAGCAUGACAGCGCUGAAGGCAGUCACACUUCCGGUCAGAGCAACGGGAGAGACCACCAAGCACUUGCUAAGGCAAUUCAGGUUCACCAGGACACACUGCGUACAAUGUACUUUGCUUAA